AUGGAUUGGGAGCGAAGCACUCUUUUGAAAGAGCAAACACAAGGGAGAGAACUCACUAAUCUGCUUAGGAACCAUCUCCAUCCAUCUUCACCACCCAAAACUCGCCAAGUUUUACUUGACAAAAUACUCUUUUCCUAUGACAAAGCUCUUUCAAUGCUCAAAUGUAACAGCCCUGGAAGCGACGCCUCUGAUAGAAAAGAUUCGUUCAAAAAGAGGAAAAAAUGUUCGGGGUGGAGUGAACAAGUAAGGAUUUGCUCGGGGACGUCAUUAGAGGGGCCUCUUGAUGAUGGACAUUGCUGGAGAAAAUAUGGGCAGAAAGAUAUUCUUGGAUCCAAUUUUCCAAGGGGAUAUCAUCGAUGCACUCAUCGGUACACGCAAGGAUGUCUAGCUGCUAAACAAGUUCAGAGAUCAGACGAGGACCCAACAAUCUUCGAAGUGAAGUAUCGAGGAAGACAUACCUGUAACCGAGCCUCUCAUUUCGUUGCUACGAAGGUGCCAUCGACAACAGAAUCGGAAGAGAAAGGCAAUCAAAAGCAGCAGAACCAACUCGAAGAGAAGCAAAAACAAUCGAAGGAAAUAUGGUUGAGUUUCGAAACCGAGUUAAAGGUUAAAACAGAGGCCUUGGACAAUAGAGGCAAUAUAUUUCCUUCAUUUUCAUUCCCUAUUGGAUCGGAAGAAGUUGAGUAUGGGUUAUUUUUUUAA